AGCGGCGCUCUUGGCAGAGCUCAUCAGCAUCUCAUCAACAGCUCAUCAACAACAACGACGCAGAGACAACCAACAAAGACUAAAGCCUGCUAACCCCCCCCCCCUAAAGCUAUUCGAACGGCGGACCCAGCAAAGUGCUUGACGACGAGGACGAGGUUAGGACGAUUGAAGUAAUUGUUUUUUUUGUAGUAGUCGUUGCGAAGCGAAAUUUGUUUAAAAUAUUAAAAUUUCACGAACCUUGUUUGUGAGUAUCUCACGCCGCCGAAUCGCGCUGUUAGUGGAGCUGCUACCGUCUCUACCCCCCCCCUCCUCCUCCCCGGCGAGUCGGCACGCAUUAGAUCUUCAUCCUCCUACUCGUCAUCAUCGUCGUCCUCGUCCUCCUCGUCGUUAGUUAUGGAGCUGCACAUUCUCGAACAUCGUCUGAAGAUCGCGAGCAUCGCCCGGGAGAGUCUUCCGCUGUUCACUCACGGGCUCGUCAAGCUCGCCUUCCUCACCGAUCGCACUCGGUGUAAGUUUUUCAGUUUGACGGAAACACCGGACGACUUCACCAUGAUUGUGGAUGAAGAAGGAUUUAAAGAGCUGCCGGUGUCAGAGCGGCUCAGCGUGGAGGACGCCACGUGGCUGGCGCUCAACGUGGUGUCGGGCGGAGGACACAGCCCCAACUCGCCGGCCGUGGGCGUCACCAAGAUCGCAAAGUCCGUCAUCGCUCCGCUUGCCGACCACAACGUCUCCGUGUUCAUGUACUCCACGUACCAGACCGACUUCAUCUUGGUGCGUGAGCGAGACCUCCCGGUCGUGAUGCAUGCCCUCUCCACGGAAUUCGCCAUUUUCCGUGAGAUUGACGGCGAGGUGGUGGCUUUGGAUGACACCGUCAUUGUCAACGGCUUCGUGAAACCUAAAAGUGUGAGCAGGCCGGUCAUCCACCCACUGACGUGCCCCGUUAACCAGUUCUGCGUGACGAGCCUCGACCCCACCACUCUGCCACUCAUCACAACUCUUCUCAUGGACAUCAUGUUCUACUCGGGAAGCGGCAAGGACUCCACGGCUGACAACGCAGAUCGAGAACUCAUCAAGUUUUUUUCCUUCUCCUUGAUCGAGGGCUACAUCUCCCUGGUCAUGGAUACCCGCACACUACAAAGGUUUCCGAACAACCUGCUGUUCACAAGUGCCUCGGGGGAAGUGUGGAAGAUGGUGAGAAUAGGCGGGCAGCCUCUGGGUUUCGACGAGUGUGGCAUCGUGGCCCAGAUAUCGGAACCGCUCGCCAACGCAGACAUCUCGGCCUACUAUAUCAGCACAUUCAAGUUUGAUCACGCUCUGGUACCAGAAGAGGAUAUCCAAAGCGUGGUAUCCAUGCUGCAGCUGACGCCGGCGGGACAACAGAUAGCGUUACAGCUGUCGUUAUCCAUUUGGGAGGUGUGGGGCAGCCCCCUUUAG